AUGCCGAACGACUGGGAAACUCGCCAGCAGCUGUUCGUAAGCGACACUGGCUGCAGCCUGCAGAAUCUCUGCGACCCGGCGGCCUGGCCGCGCGUCUGCUUCUACAACACCGACAUCUGCGACGACAUCGUUGACUGCAAUUCAGGCCGCGAUGAGCUGUACUGCGACGAGUGCCUGUGCUUGUACCGAAGCAAGGACGGCGUCACCAUGGACGUGCCUGCAAACGCACAGAAAUCCUGGGUCGGGGUUAACCUGCGAGCAUGCGCGCGCGCCUGCAACGACGUCGAGUCAGGCUGCGUGGCGUUCAGCUUCAACACGUUCAGCACCAGCGAAGAUAGAUGCCGGCUGUUCUUUCGGUCGGGUCGGCUGCUGAAAAGGACUGGCUACGAGCUGUACGUGCGCGAGACGCCGUCGCAGCCGCGCCUGGCGCCGCCACCGCCGGGCACCACCCAGGUUUCAAGCGGCCCCUCAGCUGUGAGACCCACGCCGACGCGCCCUGCCCUGCAGACGUUGGACCCCGUCUUCUUCGGUAACGCGUCGCUCUCGGGUGGUGAGCCGUCCGCUGUCUUCGGCAACGUGCCGCCCUCUAAUGGAAAGCCGCCCACCGACGUGCAGAACCGCGUGCUGUUGUCGAGCGGCGUGACCAACCGCGUGGUGUCCGGCCACCGCGCCUCCUACGGCACCUACCCGUGGCAAGCGCAGGUCGAGGCGUACAACAGGGCCGGCUACUUCGAGCACCACUGCGGUGGCGUGCUGAUCGGCUCGCGCCACGUGCUGACGGCCGCGCACUGCAUCACACGCGUCCUCUCCGCGCUGCAGGUCAAGGUGGGCCAACACGACCGUAUGGAUGCCUCCGAGCCGCACGAACAGACAUUCGCCAUCGAGAACGUGCUCUCGCACCCCGAGUAUCGCGGCACCGCGCAGAGCGGCUACGCCAACGACCUGGCAGUUGUUAAGCUACGUCUGCGCCAGGGCCGGCCGGUAGAGUUCAGCGACCACGUGCAACCACUGUGCCUGCCGGCGGCCGACGCACCGCUGCAAACCGGUCAGCAGUGUGAGAUCUCCGGUUGGGGCAAGACUGACGUGCUGCUGCCGGACGAGGUGUACGGCGCGCGCUUCGUGGCCGGCCGCAUGGUGUGUGCCGGUCACGUGGCGGGUGGCACGGACGCCUGUCACGGCGACUCAGGCGGUCCGCUGGCCUGCCGCAGCGACGACGGCCGCUGGCUGCUCACCGGUGUCGUCUCGUACGGCACCGGCUGUGGCAACGAGCUCAAUCCCGGCGUCUACACGAGGGUCGGCUUCUACGUGCCCUGGAUCCGGCGCGUGGUGCAGCUGCUCUGA